UCCCCCAUUACAGUUGAGGCCGGUUGAAGACGAUGGAGCAGCGGGCGGAGGGCGAGUCGAUAAGAGUAGCCUCCGAGGAGCUCUCUCGGGAGUUCAAAACUUUGAUCAAAACGGAUGAUUUGAACUCUCUCAACCAUUUGCAGCACCUCAUAUUGGGGAGAUUGCAGGAUAGCAAUGCUGUCCUCUCUCAUUUUAACGAGUUCUCGGAGAAUUGCUUUGCUGAGGUGUCUGGAGAUCUAUCUAGAAAUACUCGUCUUUUGAAGUCCAUGAAAUCUGACCUUGAUUACAUAUUUCUGAAAAUAAGGAGCAUGAAAUCAAGAAUCUUAGCCACUUAUCCUGAUGCAUUUCCUGACGAGUCAACUAGUGAAGCUCUAGAUAGGAGACCCGACCUCGAAAGGCCUCAGUAACUACAGAAAUUAUGACUGCAAGUAAUCAAAUACCCCAAUAUUUUGAAUAGAUGUUCAGUUUGUGGGACUGUGAGGAGCACCACUCCGACGUCGACGAGUAGCGCAGUAGCUGGCGGCGGCGGAGAGAAUUCCACUCCGGCAUCGUCUUGCCGAUUGCCUGAUUCUGUGAGAGAUUACGCCAUGGUGUUCAACGACAAUGUCAUUCAACCGGCGACUCCCUUCUACGUCCCUGGCGGCGGCGGCGGCGGCGGCGGCGGCACUUCUUCUUGCUCCUCGUCUCGGAAUCCGACCGGCAACGGUAAUAUUAACGGCGACGUUCCUCUAGCAGUCUACAUGUACGGAAAUGAAGACGUCCGCUGCUGUCUCUCUGCCUCAGCCACCGUCGAAAUUUGCGGCGGCGGCGGUGGUUCCAAGGUUACGGCAUACGAAGCGAUGCGGGAAGCGAGGGCAUCUAAUCAGAGUACACCGGAGGGAUCUCCACAGCUUCGUUCGUAGUUCUUUUGUUUUUUUACCAUUUUGCCCUCCGGGUUCUGCUCUUGUUACGACGUUCUGGGAAGCCUAUUUUGGGAAAUAGGUUAGAGAUUACCAAAGAUUAAUUAAACACCAAUUAGGU